GAGGAUUCGAAAUUAGACUUUAAAUUAGUUUAAAUUUAGUUUUAACCUUCUCAAAUAUGUUUUGUUUACAGGUUGACCCACCCACUUUCCUCCAAUGACCAUUCCUCUCUUGUCCGACUCCCACCCCAUGAUUGGCAGUGCAAAGGUCAUGGGUUCGAUUCCCAUAAGGAACACAAAACACAUAAUAGGCUACAGAUAAAAUGUAUAACUUGAAUGCACUGUAAGCCACUUUGAUAACAGUGUCUGCCAAAUAAUUGUAAAUGUAAAAGUAUCGGGGCAUUCAAAUCUGGUGGGCAACUUUGGGUCAGACCCUAAAAUAUAAUGGCCACCUGUUACAGACACACAGACACGCUGUAGAUUUGUGUUGGACAUGUUUAGCCGUGAGCUAUUUAUUCCUCACAGCAGUAUUACAGUUACGUUGCUCAAGGCAAAGCUUAAGUUCACUUAUGGAGUUCAUCACAUUAUAUCAGUUCUGGAGUUUCUAUAGAAGUUUAUAGAAGAUGGUUAAGAGAUGAUGGAUGACAGGGCUCCACGUGUUGUCGACUACUUUGUGGUUGCCGGUCUGACGGAUGCAUCUACACCUUUAGAGAAAGAGAUUGUUUUUGAUGACGCUUGUCAUAAAGCAGCUCAACCCAAACUACCAAUCACAGAUGUUGUGGUAUUGAUGCAAUCUAUAGGUGAGGAUGUACCGUCAGGUUACAAGUGUAUCAAGACCACACCAACGGGACUAUCGGCUGAUCUCAACAACAGCAGCCUGAUGGCACCUGAAUUUUACAUUUGCUACAGAAGAGGAAGAGACAAACCACCAAUCACAGACCUGGGAGUUCUUUAUGAAUGGAAAGAGAGAUUAAAGAAAGGACAUCAUAUAAUUCAGAGGACACCCUACGGUCGCCCGGCUAACCUGAGCGGCACUUCUUCUCAACCCAUCUAUAUAACUUACCAGCGAGCAGCGGAGAGCCAAGCAUCAGUCUGUGUCACAGAUAUCUCCAUCAUUUUACCCGGAAAAGGAGAAACACCACCUCAUACAUUCUGUAAAAUAGACAAGAACCUCAGCAGCAGCAUGUGGGGUUCAGCUGUUUAUCUUUGCUACAAGAAGUCUGUGGUCUCAAACUCCAUUGCUUUUAAAGCAGAAAUGCUCAGUCGAUAUCCUAAAGGAGAUUAUGAAUCAUUUCCCCUGCCUGAAUCUGUUCCUAUGUUCUGUAUGCCGAUGGGAGUCUCAGUGGAGCGCUGGUCACCACAUGUCAAAUAUCCGCUCCCUACAUACUCCACCUUUGUAUUGACUGGGGCAUCAGGAGAAAAGGUGUAUGGUGGAGCGUUGCAGUUUUUUGAACCUCAUCCAGAAGAGCGUUUAACAGAGAAACAGAUAAAACAGCUCAACAUGAUGGAGACUAAAGUCAAAAGGAUGAAAUCACCGGCAACUUCAGGAAUCAUUCACGCUAACAAAUCCAUCUGUGUUCUGUCUCAUUGGCCUUUCUUUGAUGCUUUCAAGAAGUUUCUGACCUUCCUGUACCGCUACUCCAUAUCCGGACCUCAUGCCCUGCCCAUUGAAAAACACAUCUCACACUUCAUGCACAAAGUUCCCUUUCCUACGUCUCAAAGACCACGGAUACUUCUGCAGCUGUCUCCUCAUGACAGUGUGCUGUUCAGUCGACCCGUCCUUUGUCCAUUACCACUGAGUGGUGGUCGUUUCUUCGCUCUUCUGAAACACUUGGGCCCUGAGAGUUCAGUCACUUUGUUACUGUUCGCUCUGACAGAACAGAAGAUCAUGAUGAACUCGACACAAGCAUCUGUCCUCACCAGUGUCGCUGAAGCUCUCCUCUCUAUGAUAUUCCCGCUGCAAUGGCAGUGUCCGUAUAUCCCGCUGUGUCCUCUGCCGAUGACCGGUGUUCUCAGUGCACCCUGUCCAUUCAUUAUAGGUGUGGACUCACGAUACUUUGACAUCUAUGAACCCCCACCUGAUGUUAUAUGUGUGGAUUUAGAUGCAAACAACAUCUUUCGUACGGAGGAAACACAAACUCUAACACUGAAGAUUCUGCCCAAGAAAGCCAGAAAAAAACUUCUGAAAGCCCUCAAAGAUCUUUAUGUGGAGAUAGCUGAUGGACACAGAGAUGAUAGGUUGUUAGAUUUAUCAUUGUGGGAUUUGGAGCUCAGCAGUGGACGGAGUUUACAGACGGUGGAGCUGGCCAUUCAAGAGGCGUUUCUGUGCUUCAUGGCCGAUAUUUUAAAGGGUUAUCGAAACUAUCUGAGACCCAUCAUCAAUGUCCCUUCAGAAACAACUACAGACUCCAAAUCUCUGUUUGACCUACAGGGGUUUGUGAGAGAUCAGGAUUCCUCUAAACAAAGGUUUUACUCAUUAAUGACAAAAACUCAGAUGUUCACGCAGUUUAUUGAGGAACGUUCAUUUGUCAGUGACAGAGAUGCCAGUCUGGCUUUCUUCGAUGAAUGUGUUGAGAAGCUUCACGGUACAGAGAAAAAUAUUGAUGGAGCUCAGAUGGAAGGAAGCAUUAGAGAUGAAUGCAGACUUAUUGAACCGGAGAAAUCUUAUUCUAGUGAACACACGGUCUUCAUCAGUCCACCUGAACUUCCCUCUUCAUCUGAUGAAGAUGAACAUCAGCCGUGCUACAGUUAUAAUGGAUUCCCGCUAUUAACAAAUGAAUUGUUUGAUGAUGUGGUUGGCUUUCCAACCAGCACUAAACAGUCAGUUAUUCAACAAAACACUCCUACACGACCCGAUUCAACACUCAGACGGACUAAACCGGAAAUAAAGUGGGCACAGAAGAUGGCACAUAAAUAUAUCUCUGAACCUGAGCUGUGGUCCAAACGUCUGCUGUGUUGUUCAUAUGGCCUGUGGUUCAUCUGUCUGCCAGGGUACAUCAAAGUGUGUCAGUCGAAAACACAAACCCUGUGUGCUGCGUAUGACCUGCUGAGAAAAAUGAGAGCGAGAACACUGCAGGCACCUGAUGAGGUGUGUUAUCGUAUCUUAAUGAAGUUGUGUGGUGAAUACGGUCAGCCUGUUCUGGCUGUCAGAGUUUUGUCUCAGAUGAGAAAAGCUGGACUUCAUCCAAAUGCCAUCACUUAUGGAUAUUACAACAAGGCUGUGUUGGAGAGCGUCUGGCCGUCCAGCACGAGAGGAGGAUUUUUCCUUUGGUCUAAACUCAGAAAUGUCCUUCUGGCCAUUGCUCAGUUUAAAAGCGGCCUGAAGAAACGAAAGCACUUUAUAACACACACCUCUUUAUCAGAGACGGUCAGUGAUCGCACAAAACCCAUUUCUGCAUCGCCACGACUUUCCCAUCAGAACCCAGUAAAUCGGGAUGCAGGAUUGCUCUUCUCGUCAUCAUUAGAAGACAUCGGUGUGAUAAACAGCAGCUUUCAUCGAUGCCAUUACAGAUCUGACAAACCACUGGAUGAUCCGCUGUUCAGAGCCGAUGUUCAUUGUGACAACACUCAAGAUUUAAAACACAACAAGAUGAACUAUCAAAAUAACGGUUCUGCACAAGACAUCAAGACGCAUGAACAUUUCUCAUCCGGAGAUCCUGACAUGAUACCCAUCUUUGCCUUUGAAGAUCUUGACUUGGAGACCGAGAGCAGAAUAGAUGGAGAUGUACAGAUGAUGUGGAGGAAAAGCGAUAGAGCCGGUACCCGACGUGCUUCCAGACGAAUAGGAGUUGAAACUGGUUGUGAUCCUCUUUCGCUGCUGGCUUCAGAGGUCGAGGAGGACGAAGCUUUGGUUCACGACACCAUCUGCAGUCCAUCUGUCAGUCGACACCUGGCAGAAGAGAUUGAGACGUACAUGAAGUACUCCUGUAGUCCACGGAGGAGCCGGGCACUGAACAUUGACCUCAGUGUUUCUUCAGACCACAGCUCGCUCGGAUCCUGUACUGAACUCGACUCCAAUGAUUCACCUCAACGCUUCAGUUCACAUCUGACCUCUGCUUCUCCAAACUCAUCUUUGGGAGCGGAUUCUCUCCUCCCUCCAUCACUGGAUGUUCUCAGGAGCAGUGUUAUGUCUGCAGGACGAGGCGUGGCUCAGAAAGCUACUCGCUGGUAUUCACAGUUUGCCUCUUCGCCCAAAGACAGUCAUUCAGACAAACUGAGUGAGUUUUCAUCUGAAGAAGAAACGGAUGGUGCUCUUCAUGAGGAAGACAUGCUUUUACUCAACGAAAGAGACCGUCUGACCUCAGCAUCAGAUAACAGACCGGAGAACUUCAACAGCACCAUCAAUUCAACAUCACAAUGUGAACACUCAUGUUGUAUUUUUACACGACGGGAUUGGACCAUUGCAGAUCAUUCUGAUAACAGAGACAGCGUGCAGAACAUUGCUGUGGAGGUUCUGAUAGCGAGCUGUUCACGCUGUAAGACCUGUGACUGUCUUGUGUACGAUGAAGAGAUCAUGGCCGGCUGGACAGCAGAUGACUCAAAUUUCAACACUACAUGUCCAUUCUGUGGACACGCUUUCCUUCCUUUCCUCAAUAUAGAGAUCAGAGACCUCCGUCAGCCAGGAAGGUUGUUCUUGAAAAGUAGUCCAACAGAGAAGAUGCUGGAAGCCUCUACAGAAACAUCAUCAUCAUCAUCAGGUCUUCAUGACAGAAACAGCUCCAGCUCACAGAGAUUAGAUGUGGAGAUUCCUUCAAACCUCAGACAGGGGAACUCCGAGGACUCACGGACACACAACAGCAAAACCUUUGGACCUUUAGAGGAAUCAAUGAGAUCUGAUGUUUCUACUACAUCAAACUACCUCAGAGUCACUACAGAUCCUCUGAGUUUAUCGUGGCGUCUUCAUCAUCCAGAGCCUGUGACAGUACCGUAUCUGAGCCCACUGGUGCUGUGGAAAGAACUGGAGACUUUAAUAGAAAACGAGGGCAGUGAAAUCAUCUGUCGCUCUACUGUUGUGGAUCAUCAUCCCAUCAUCUUCUGGAACCUCAUCUGCUACUUCACAAGACUUAGUUUACCAAGCAAUCUGCCAGGUCUCAUUCUGACAUCAGAACACUGCAACAGAGGAUCACCGAUUCCUCGUGAGUGGAUGUCUGAGGACAGUAAACAUGUUCAGGUUCAGCUGCUGUGGGACAAUCUUAAACUGCACAGAGAUCAAGUUCAACCUCUGUAUGUCCUCUGGAAUACACACAGUCUCGGGUAUGGUGUGACUCGGGGUUUGAAUAAACAGGACAUUAUGUUUGAUGAAGAUCUACUGCAUAACAUCAUUGAACGCAUUGAGAAGAACGAUGUUUAUACAGUUCUGUGUCAAGUGUUGAAACAAUCAAUCAGACCUAACAGAGAGAGAGGUUUAUACAGAGAGCUUCUCUUUCUCUCUCGAGUUGCUCUUGGUGAAGGUAACAUUGAUGUUGAUGCAUUUGAUCGAGAGUACAAAUCAGCAUACGAUCGACUGAAUCCAGAACAGAUCAGAUCGACUCAUCAUUGUGAUCGACCGCCCAGCAGCGCUAUCACAGAGUGCAGAAGGAUUUUUGGAGAUUCGUACCUGCGUCUAUAAACCUGCACUCCUCUGUUUGUCUUUUAUGAAACUACCUGAAUGUCCUGCAAUAUAACAAACAAUCUAGCGGGUGAAAUACAAGCGGGUGAAUUUGUUCUUGUCAGUUUUGCAGUAAAUUACAAUCUAACACAACAGCAGAUGAGCAAGAGUCUGGUCAAUAAACUAAACUAUUAGAUUUUUUACUUUAUGCUGACAAUUGUAAACUUUAAAGUUGCAAUUAUGUUAAUUGUUGACUAUUGUCUGCAGUGAACAAAAUAUUUUUUUUAUUUUGUUUACAAUCCUUUGAAUCAUUUUCAGAAGUUGAGAAUUAGGCAGAAAUCUUUUAGCAUUAUUAAUAAAGCACAAAGUGAUGCCAGACAGCAGAUGACACCGGGCCAGAUCCGUGCCAAAGUCAGCAGCUCCGGUGCAGAUCUGGCCGGCAAUCGCCUGCUGUUUGGAAAAACUGUACAAAGAUACAACGAAUGGACAAAUUUGUAGUUGAAAUGAAAAGAUUUGAAUGAAUAUAAUUAUGUGUGUGUAUAAUGAUGUUUUAUAAUGGAUUACUUGUGUUGUUAUAAAAGUAACUGAACCUAUAACGGUACAUUCACACGGGGCGUCAGCGUUAACGCUUGAUGAGGGUGUGUCUGAAGCACGGCCAACAGCCAAUCACAGUGCCCAUAACACAUGCUUCUCUGUUCUCUGGUCUUUGCACUAGGUUAUUUGCAUAAGAAGAUCUGAUUGGCUGAGUCUGGAUUGGCGCUUGAAAAGUUGAGAAAUGUUUGACUUCUGGCGCGAGCAACACCAGUGACGACAAUUUCAGUUCGGCAACGCAUGCGGUCACCCAUUCAAAGUAAAUAAGAAGCGUUAACGCCAAAUCCCCGUGUGAAUGUACUGUAACAGGCUCAGAUAUUUAUACCACAAUUUUUUAUUGCAGUAAUACAAUGAUAUAGUCACCCGUGUGAUGUCACAAAAUAAAAGUUUAGUUUUACAUAUCAA